AUGAUGAAUCGGUCCCAAAAGUCGGCACGUUCAAGUGACACCAAGGGAGACACAAACUACUUCAACCAGAGGAGCAAGCUCAAUCAACCCAACGAGAGCCGACACUUGAAGAUGAAAUCCAAACGAAGGGGCAAGAGCAAGAGUUAUUCUUACGACAGUUAUUAUUACUACGAAGAAGAAGAGAGGUGGGAAGAACGACAACCUUUCCUGGAAAACGCACAGUUUGUUGCCUAUCCCGUUGUUACCACACAAUCACAUACCAAUGCCGAUACUACCCAAUAUGUGCUAUUGCCAGUGCAAGUGCACAACACUGUUCCUGCUACUGUUACAGUCAUCGACAAUCAGCAAGUACAACAACCUGUAACGGUGGUGACAACCCCUCAGAACAACAUAUUCCAGCAGCAAAAUCAGGUACUUGUAGCACAACAGCCUCCACCACCGCCUCCUACAUAUCGUAGCAGACGAAGCAAGUCUGGGGGAAUGAGCAAAUCGAGAAGUACAUCUAGCAGCAGACGGCGAAGACGCAGGGAAGAACGUCGCAGACGAUGGGAGCAAAGAAACUACGUUGUGACGGUUGUGACUCCCAGAAACCCAGAACCAAUACACACGCCACAGCCCCUCACGUUGCCUCCAAUAACCUACCCACCAUUCACGUUCCCUCCCAUAACCUACCCGCCUUUCACUUUGCCUCCCUUCACGUUCCCUCCCUACACCUUGCCUCCAGUUACUCUCCCACCGGUCACUUUGCCACCAACGUCGCCACCUCCAACAUCGGUGGCUCCAACCGCGAGUCCUCCUGUCACUGUACCGCCCACGACGUCGACCCCAAUCGCACUGCCCCCAGCUCCAAUGACGACCACCCCCACUCUCAAUGCAGCAUCUCCCAACCCGACAGUGGCUCUGCCCCUGGACGUUGUCGAUACUGUGUCGACAUUGAAUUUCGUUAUGGAUUUUGGGUUCACCGGGACUCCUCGAGAGCCCACCCAGGAAGAGAUCGAUGGUAUUCUGACACAGACAGAACUGUUCAACUCGGAUGUGUUGAGAGCCGCGUUUCCAACAACUUUUGAGAGCUUUCAGUUGGCUGAAGUCGGAAAUGCCAGUGAACUGCGAGGGCCUUUUACCAACACCUUCAUAUCGUAUGCCGGACAGACACGGUUUCGCCCGACUCCAGCAACUCGGCAGAUUGUCACUAGCACCACAACACCAACCCAGGCAGAUGUUGAGAGUGUGAUCAAUGGGGCUGAUUAUCAAGGAGAGUUUAACUAUGUUCCCAAUGCGACUCCAGAUGGAACAAUCUUUGCCUUGACAACCAGUGUGGUUUCUACUGGGGGGACGUCGGCUCCUACGUCUGCAACGACAACCACUGUGCCUGAUAUGACCACAGCACCAUCAGCGACUGGCACAAGCCCUGGAACGCCGGCUGGCACGACGACCACCGCCCCAGGAACGUUGCAGCCAUCCGCUGGAGGCACGCCAGCAGCAUCUCCAGGUGUCACCACGGCUGUUCCAGGAGCAACCACAAUAAACCCAUCUGUUAUCGGAACACCAGCGGGAUCGCCAGGAGUCACUACCCUGGUACCAGGAGCAACCACAAUAAACCCAUCUGUUAUCGGCACACCAGCAGGUUCACCAGGAGUUACAACGGCUGUUCCAGGUGCAACAACCAUCAACCCAUCUGGUAUCGGUACACCAGGGGUGACGACAGCUGUUCCAGGAGCAACCAUCAUACCAUCGCUUCCAGCGACAACCGUCGUGCCUGUUCCAGGAGUCACUAUAAUACCGUCGCUUCCUGCAACGACCAUCAACCCUUCUGUCAUUGGGACGCCUGCAGCAACCAUCAUACCAUCGCUUCCAGCGACAACCGCCGUGCCUGUUCCAGGUGUCACGAUAAUACCGUCCCUUCCUGCAACGACCAUCAACCCUUCUGUCAUUGGGACGCCUGCAGCAUCACCUGGAGUCACCACGGCAAUUCCUGGAGCAACCAUUAUACCAUCGCUUCCAGCCACAACCGUCGUGCCUGUUCCAGGUGUCACAAUAGUACCGUCGGUUCCUGCAGUCCCCGGUGCCACAACCAUAGUACCAUCCGUUCCCGCAGCAACACCGGCAACGACCACAGCCGCCACGGCCAUUCCCACAGUGGAUUUACAGAGCUGCACCCUCUUGAUGCUUGUUUCAGAUGCCAAUCUUGACACUGUACUAUCCCAAGAAGAAUUUGUUGGCUUUGUCAGUGCCAUGACCAACUUUCAAAUUGGAGCAGUGCCAUUUGAAAGUUUGCCAAUGGCGUUUCAAGACAUCUACAAUGCGUUUGCUAUACCCGGGAUAGGCUUGGACAUUGCAGGAGCUGAUCCCUUGGUUCCAGCCACUCCGGAGCAGGCAAUCGCGUUGGAAUUUAUCUGUUCCAGUACCAAUCAAGCGAUAGUUGACUCUGCCUCUGCUGCAGCCGUCCCAGCAGCAUUGGCACCUGGACUGCCCGCUGCAGCCACAGCUGCCGCCACCGUUGCAGCCACCGCUGCAACGACGGCUGUAGUUACAACCGCACCCGGAUUAUCUUUGGCAAAUCCGAAUAUUCCACCAGGUCCCAACAUCCUUGGAAGACGAAGAGAUCCAAUGCCUCGAGCAUCAAUUUCCGCAACGACCAUUGCCCCUACCCCAACUCCAACAAUGGAUUUUCAGAUCUGCUCACUCCUGAUGCUAUUGUCAGACACCAACUUUGACAUUGAGCUGUCGCAAACUGAAUAUGUUGCCUUUGUCAAUGGGAUGACAAACUAUCAACUUGGAGCUGUGGCAUUUGAAAGUUUGCCUUUUGGCUUUCAAAACAUUUAUAACUUUUUUGCAGCAGCAGGGGGUGGCUUGGACAUUGAAGGAGCUGAUCCAUUGAUACCAGUCACAAAGGCUCAAACAGCCAGAAUAGAACAUAUAUGUACCCGUGUCAAUCAAGCAAUUGUUGGCUGA